AUAAUGUCACACAUUCGGUUGUAUUGCCUGUCAGUCAUCGUGUGUUUCAUUAAAUAUAGACCUAUAUAUCUACAUGUUUAAAUAUACUGUUUGGUUUUAAGGACUUGAUUUUAUUCUUUGCUUUUGACAGACACUAUUACAAAAAAAUGGAAGGUUUAGAAUUUGUAGAGCCAAGUAAACUUUAUAAUAUUCUUCAACAAGCAACUGUCUUUUCAUGUUUGAGUGAUCCAAAUUAUUUAUUGUUGAUUGAUGCUAGAGACAAAGACAACUAUAAUGAAAGCCAUGUGAUCACAGCCAAGAGAGCAAUAAAGAGUGAAAAUGAUGAAUUCAUUGUUCCGUAUGAUGCAGAGCUGGAGUGCAAAGAGAAUAUUAUAGUUUAUGACAGUAAUACAGCUUCACUGAAAGACCAAGGUCCAGCGGUGAAUUGUGGCUCACUCUUGUGGGACAUGGGAAGUCGUAACACUGUGAAGAUUUUAAAGGGUGGUUAUGAAAUAUUCUCUGCAUUAUAUCCUUUCCUCCGAACUCAAAAAGUGUUAUUUAUGCCUCGGGAAAUGGAUGACUUCAAACCAUUUCCAAUAGAAAUAAUCCCUGGCUUUCUGUAUCUUGGCAACUGGGGACAGGCGAACACUGCGUACAUCCAAAAAGACUUGAAGAUAAAAAAUCACAUCAACUGCUGUGUGGAGCUGGAGACUUUUUUUCCUGAAUCUGGACCUCAGCUUCUUCACAUUCAGGUGGAGGAUCGAAAUGAUGCAGACAUUUUAAGCCAUUUUGCAACUGCGUGUGCUUUUCUAGACACGAAGAACAGUGAGAACACGGCAGUGUUAGUCUUCUCAUGUCUGGGCAUUAGCCGGAGUGCAACGGUGGUGAUGGCAUAUUUAAUACACAGUUUUAAGUGGACACUUGAGGAAGCUUACAAACAUGUUCUCGACUGCUCCUCUUAUGUCCGGCCAAACCGGGGAUUCAUUAAGCAGCUUGCCCAAUGGGAGGAGGACGUUCUUGGAGAAAGCAAAACUAACGUAGACGAUCCCAAUUUUUAAUAGAGAAGAGAAGACAACUGAUGUUGGAUGGAUAACAUUUGUUAAACGUCUGAGGGAACACCAUGUGAGAUUUAUCAUACAGGUCAUCUGAAUUUGUAAUGCCGGAUACGACUCUUAAACUGUGCGUGUAUUCUGGUGGGGUGAAUAAUAUAUUUAUUUUUUUAGUGAAAAUUUUCAAAAACAUUUACUGAAACAUGAUCUACCCUUGUGAAUAAAUAUAUUAGUAAAAACCUUGCAGCUGUACCAUCAAGUUAAACAUUCUCAGUGAUGUAUGUUAACUAAUGUUCGAAAUACCACAUUAUUAUAGGCAGUUUAAAAGGAAGACAUGAAAAAGUGCUAUCUUCAGCUGAUGUAAUUUUAUUUUGACGUAUGUGAUAAUCUGUAGCUCAGUGCCUUUAAAAUCCAUGUUGAGAUGUUUUUUGUUGAUACAAGUCUUUACUGACUAUUAAGCCUGUUUGCUUUAAAAGGGCUUCAUUAUGACAUUAAAACAUCGUAAAACUGACAGGAUCAAAUAAUUAUUUUCUUAUUAAAUUAAAUUCAUGUGACCUGAGACACAAGGAAAUUAUUAACUGAAAACAAUGGACAGAGCACUCAUCACAUGCCGGAACACUUCCCUAUCAGUAGAUAAUGGAAGAGCAUUCCUUAAUUCAGGGUGACUUACAGAUACCGCAUUAAUCAGUGUUCAAGGUUAAACAUUUUGUGCAGUAACUCAGUUGGAUACAAACAUUUUAAAAUCUGGUAUCCCACCUGACAAUUUAGUAUCCCACUUAAAACUGUAUUGGUUUAAAACAUUUUAUAAUGGCUACUUGCCUUUUCGGUGUAUUUCAGUGAGGAAAUAUUGUUAUGGCGUAGCAUUAGUUAUGAGCUUGAAACAACUGUUACUGAACUUCGCUGGUAAAUGACGACUUUAUUGUUUUAACGAAAAAUAAAAAUUACAAAACAGCAUUAUAUGGUAUCAUGGCGGGAUACUGGGUUCUUGAAGUCCAAAAUUAAAAUCUGCUAUCCCCAGGAUAUCGGGAUACCAUUAAUCUCGAACACUGUUAGUAUGUUCAGGAAAAAGAAAGAAAUGUUUUAUUUAACAAUGCA